AUGGAUUUCCCACCUCGUCUAAGGUUAUUACGUUGGGAGGUAUACCCUGGAAAGUGUCUUCCUUUUACAUUUACGCCAGAACAUCUUGUGGAACUCAAUUUGGUAGAUAGCAAGCUCGAGAAGCUUUGGCAAGGAACCCAGCCCCUUACAAAUCUCAAGAGGAUGGAUUUGUCAGGUUCCUCAAAUCUUAAGGAACUCCCUGAUCUUUCAUACGCUACCAAUCUCGAGAAACUAGCGGUGGACGGUUGCUAUCGUUUGGUAGAGAUUCAUUCAUCUAUUGGAAAUCUUCCUAAACUAGAGGAGUUGCAGAUGGAGUUACUGUAUAAACCUACAAGUUGCUCCACUCUCUCAACUUGGCAUCUCUUGAAACAGUCACCAUGUGGGAUGCGGGCAAUUUAG